AAUGGAAACUGGAGGACUUGAAGAGACUGGAUGUCAACCAGGCUGAUAUUGCACCACUGAUGGCUUCCCUUAUCGGUGUGCCUUUCCCCCUGAAUUCUGUGGGAACUCUGCCUCUUGAAUAUCUGAACAAUAGUGCUCAUUUCAAAGCAGAGAGCUUAUUUACCAAUGCUGUUCAGAUUCUCGAGCAAUUUAAGGUUAAGAUGAGUCAGAAAAAAGAAACUACAUUGUCGUUUCUGUUCACACCAUUCAAACCACUUUCUGAUGCUGAACAAAUCAACUUUUUAAAGAAAACGAGACUAUAUAUUCAGCAGCAGAAGUAUGAUGAAGCGGUAUCUCUGUGCAAAACCCUGAUUAACCUUGCUUUGGAAGGCUUGUCUUAUUACCAUACUUACGAUAGAUUGUUCCUGGGUCUAAGUAUUGCAAUGAGUUUUGUGGGCUGGACGACUUACGUGAUUUUGGUGAUUAUCAAGACCCAUACCGAUUUGACCAAGACUGUCCAGAUGAAUAACAAGGAAUCUACUGUUCUUUUCUACAGUUUUGCCUUUCUCGGAUUGAUAGUAGCUUUUUUCCUGUUAAUUCAAGCAUGUCCUUGGACAUACUACAUAUACUGUCUCUUGCCAGUACCAAUAUGGUAUGCAGUUGUCAGAGAACUUCCUGUUUUUCAAGACCUUGCUGCAAAUCUCUUAUCACUUCAUAUCAGUCAGUCUAUAGGAUUCCUCUUGGUUUGUACACUGGGAAUUGAAAUACUAGUCUUCAGCUUUUUCUACCGCUCUGCACUUACUAUUGGUCUUCUUGUCUUUGCUGGCUGGCCAGUGAUGACACAGCUGUGGGUUCAAGCAAAGACAACAGCAUUGAUCUGGAGUCUUCUGUGUGUGCUCCUGGCAGUAUUUCCAUUAAUGCCUGUUGUAGGAAGAGAACCAAACAUUCCUCUGGUAAUAGCAACUGGUUUGCUGACUCUCUUGAUCUCUUGCUUCUCAUUGCCAUCUCUUUGUAAAAGAGAAAAUAAGUACAGAAAUAAUGAAGAUCUGAAAGUACAUUUUUAUCAGAUGUUGAGUAUUGCACUUUCAACAUAUGUUGUGAGCAGUACCCAUGACAGUCUUAAGAACAAACAGGGAUUGCCUGUAUUGAAUCAAAUUAUUAGCUGGAUGACUCUAGCUUCUUCCUCAGUGUUGCCGUUACUGAGCCCCACGUUUCUCUUUCAGCGACUAUUCAGCAUAUUGCUCUCUCUGAUGUCUACCUACCUGCUCCUCAGCACAGGGUAUGAAGCUCUGUUUCCACUGGUGCUGUCUGGUUUGAUGUUUGUGUGGAUAAAUAUGGAGCAAGAAGCACUGCAGCACUAUGGUCUUUCACUCAAACCAAAGCUUGCAGUUUUCAACUUCACCUAUGCUAUUGAUAUAACUCAGUUUCGACAGCUCCACCUAGAUGAUGUCCGCAGGUCUUUCUUCUUUGUUUUCUUCAUAGUGACAGCCUUUUUUGGCACUGGAAACAUAGCUUCUGUUAACAGUUUUGAUCCUGCUUCUGUCUAUUGUUUCUUGACUGUGUUCAGUCCUUUCAUGAUGGGAGGCUUGCUUGUGCUAAAGGUUGUAAUCCCAUUUGUUCUGGUAUCAUGUGCUUUUGAAGCUGUUCAAGUCACAACACAACUGUCUUCUAAGAGCCUUUUCCUCAUUGUUCUUGUGAUUUCAGACAUUAUGGCUUUGCAUUUUUUCUUUUUGGUUAAAGAUUAUGGAAGCUGGCUGGAUAUUGGAACAAGCAUUAGCCACUAUGUGCUGGUGAUGUCAUUGACCAUAUUUAUGAUGCUGAUGAAUGGACUGGCCCAGCUGCUAACUACAAAGAGACUUGAACUUCUCAGAAGGACUAAGCACCAUUCCACGUGA